AUCGGAGUAAUCACUAACCGAUUCCACCGAAUCCUAAAAAAUUGUUUUUAUAAAAAUAUCAAGUGAAGAAAAACGCAUAAAAUUUGUAAAUUUAUAAAGCUUAGUAACGCAGCUUCAAAGACAUUGGCAAGGCGUUGCAGCGCUGCAGCUGCUUUUUGCACAAAUCAUCAAAGAAUCAAAGUUUUUGCUGAAUACGAGAAAAGUAGGGAGGAGCUCAACAAAUACAAUUCAAUAUUGAAUCAUCAUCGAUUCGAUAAAGCUGGCUUCAUUUUGAUCCCUGUGUGAAAACAAGAAGAACUUGUUUUAAAAGAACUCCAUUUCCUUGUCAGUAAGCCAGCCGUUGACGGUGACCACAACGACCGACGACUAUUCUCAACAGUCAUUCAUGUGUUUUCGUCGAUUGUCAAGGACAUUAUACAAUUCAUCAUCGUAGUCUACAUGUCUCAUCAACAUUUGUUGUAAAGCGCCCCACUAGUAGAAUAUACGCCGAGUGUUGUAGUAAAGAACAACAGCAGAGCAGUCGUAUUGUAUAUAGAUACAUAUGUGAAACGUUUGUGUGUCCUUUGUUUUGUUUUUAAGUUGCCAUGGAGGAACGUCGAAUUGCUGAUUACUUUGUGGUGGCUGGAAUGCCCGAAAAUCCACAAUUGCUGCAGGAGAGCAAUUUCAAAGAGUCUGGCCAACAUUUGAGGGCUGCCAAUUCUAUAGAACCCAUUACAGAUAUUGGUGUAUUCUUUCCCCUGCUGGGCGAAGAUGUGCCAGAUGGCUAUGAAGUGCUGGAAACAACACCCACCGGCCUGCCUGCCAAUCUGAAUUUUGGGUCUUUGCGGUCGACAGAAUGUUUCAUUUAUUACAGACGCGGUAAAGAUCGUCCGCCUUUAGUGGACAUUGGUGUCUUGUACGAAGGGCAUGAACGCAUCAUGUCAGAUGCUGAAAUUGUGGCCGAAACACCCGGUGGACGUAUUGCAAAUGUUAACAAUUCAUCGGCGAAAACAUUUUUAACGUACCGCCGUGCCCCCGCUGAUAUGCCAUGUAACGAAUUGGUCGUAACGGAUUUGUGCGUUAUUGUUCGCAGUAAAGGUGAAAAGCCUCCACAUGCCUUUUGUUUGAUAUACAAAUCGCUUAAUAAAGCCUUCACGGGCAGUGAUGUUUAUCUCUGCUAUAAAAAAUCUAUGUACCGUCCAAAACACAUCAGUUACCAACCCGAAAUUUUGCUCCGUUACCCAACCGUGGAUCAUAACGAUUUUCCAUUGAACUUGUGUCCAAGUGUACCGCUAUUCUGUUUACCAAUGGGUGCUUCCCUGGAGGCAUGGCCACAUGUUGGCAAGAAUAAAAAACGUAGACCAACUGCGCCAGUAUUCAGUACAUUCGUAUUGACUGUCAACGAUGGAACAUACAAGGUUUAUGGUUCGGCUCUGACAUUCUAUGAGGAUUUCGAUGAUUCAAAGCUGUCGGAUCAACAACGUGAAUUACUUGGUUGGAAUGAAGAAUUUGCUCAAAAUCAUUCUUUGCAUAUCAUAAAAGCCAUAUGUUUGCUGUCUCAUUAUCCCUUUGGUGAUACCUUCGAUAAAUGGCUAAAAUACUUACACCGUAUGGUCGUUUACGAGAAAAAUUUGCCAAUCCCCAUUGAACGUUAUAUAACACAACUAUUGGACGAGGUACCCUUUCCAGCUCCAAGUAUUCAUUUACAGUUAUCGAGUGAAUCGAAUGAUCGUAUUCUGCUCACCCAACCGGAAGACUCUCCAUUGCCUCGUAGUGGUGCCGGUUUUCAUAUGUUGCUGCAAAAUUUGGGUACAGAUAACUGUUUGCAUGUCCUGUUAUUGGCAUUGACGGAACAAAAAAUACUCAUUCAUUCGUUGAGACCAGCAACAUUAACAGCCGUUGCAGAAGCCAUUGUUUCCCUUCUGUUCCCAUUUAAGUGGCAAUGUCCCUAUAUUCCCUUGUGUCCACUUGGCUUGGCAGAGGUACUGCAUGCACCAGUUCCCUACUUAAUUGGUGUAGAUUCUCGAUUCUUUGAUCUGUAUGAACCACCUACAGAUGUGACUUGUAUCGAUUUGGAUACAAAUACUAUAAGUCUGUGUGAAUCGCAAAAGCAUCUUACCACCAAACUUCUACCCAAACGAGCGGCUCGAAUAUUAAGCCAAACUCUGGACAGCCUUGAGGCAAUGAAACCACUGAAUGUAGACAGUAAUAAUAGUCUGGAUCGUGACCUAAGAAGGCGGAGACGUGAGCAACAUUUGGAGCAACGUAUACAGGAAGCAUUUUUGCUUUUUAUGGCAUCGAUAUUACGUGGCUAUCGCGAUUAUCUGGUACCCAUUUCUAAAGCACCAACCGUUGGUGCCACUGACCCCAGUGCCUUAUUUCAAUUGAAAGCUUUUCUACGUUCCAGAGAUAAGGCUUAUCAUAAAUUUUUUGAAUUGUUAAUGAAAACCCAAAUGUUUAUACGCUUCAUUGAGGAGCGGUCAUUUGUCUCUGAUGGCGAUCAUGGUCUCACGUUUUUUGAUGAAUGUGCCGAGAAGGUGGGCUCAUAUGAUGAGACUCCGUCGGAUGUGCGUUUGGUCGAAUGGGAAACUGGCCAGAGUAGUGAACGCACAAAAUAUAUAUUUCCUCCAGAUAUUGUUGGCCCCUCUAAAGAUUCAAAUGUUCCUGAACCCGUCUAUAACUAUGAUAGCUUUACUUUAAAUCCCAGCCUCUUAAAAUCCCCAGCCAAAACGGCUCUAAAUCAGCUAAUACAGCAACAAAUAAAUGGAUGUUUAGCACCUGGUUCGCCCAUUGCUCGUCGAACCAAACAUGAAAUAAAACUUUCCCAAAAGUUAGCACGUCGAUGUCAAAGUCAUCCUGAACUGUGGUCAAAAUAUUUACUGGCUACAUGUUAUUCAUUGUAUUUCCUCAUAUUGCCUGCCAUGGUAUUGGAUACCCGUCGAGCAGGCAAAGAACACGAGACAUUAAGAUCCGCCUACAAUAUGUUGCUUAAGGCCAGCAAAAUCAAGAUCAAUUGUGAUGAAUUCUGCUAUCGUAUUAUGAUGCAGUUAUGCGGUACUUAUAAUAUGCCAGUAUUGGCCGUACGCCUACAUUAUCUUAUGAAGAGAUCGGGUGUUCAACCGAAUGCUUUAACCUAUGGUUUCUACAAUCGUUGUGUUUUAGAAUCUGAGUGGCCCAGCGACAGCACGACUCAAAGUCAAUUACGCUGGAAUCGUAUUAAAAACGUGGUUUUGGGUGCUGCCCACUUUAAACGAGCUGGAAAGUUGAGGGCUUCGAAGAAGCCUCUCUCUGCUUCGUGUGACAACAAUUUGAGCACCUUGGAGACCGUGGAUGGGGCAUCACGUACCAGCUUAGUGUCAUCGAAUUCAUCACAACAUAUUGCCGGAAUGGGAGAUGGUUAUGGUGUUAAUUUCUUAGAUUUUUCUGCUUUCGAUAAGCUACGAUCGAAAUUGGGUAGUAUUGUGAGGCAAUCAGUUGGGUCGCAGGAUGCUACCGAUGAUGUAAUAUCGAGUGCCGGUCUGUUAAUACCAGGUGAAGCCAAGUAUCCAUCAGGUAAUGCUCACAAUACAACUGUUGGAGAUAUGGCAAAUCAGCCAACACCGGAAAGUUUUGCUGGUGAUGCAGCUCUACUCAAUAAACUUCAAAGACAACAUACACUUACCGAAACCAACACCAAGAAAAUAAUGAACAUUGGUGAUGGCGACGAAGAAGAAGAUGAUGAUGAGCAUGCGUGUAAAGAUGCGGUCAGUUCUCAGGAGGACUUGGCUGAUCAUGAUGGAGAAACUGUACCCGGGGGAACAGAUCACAUAUUGCAAAGUCCAACAAAAAUAUCGCCAAGAACUCCCGUCACACAAAAUGAUCCCCUGGGUGCCCUCAAUGAAGAUGAACAACCGUCCAUUCCUAUUAACACCGUAACAACGUCCACACAACAGGAUCAAACGUCCGAUAUGAAUACUUCUUAUAACAAUAACACUUUAUACAGCGAUAAGCCAAUACUGUUUAAGGGCCAACGCAGCGCCACGUUUGACGAAUCGACACAAUUGAAUAAAAUGCACCGUUCCGAAACAAUGCCUGGAUCAAGUGUUACAUCCAGUUUGGCAAAUUUGGGAUCAUCGUUUAAAAUUAAUUUUGGACGUUAUUCACCUGCACGCAUGUCCACCUUUAAGAAAGACUUGAAAUUGCCCACCAAUAUUAUUGAAAAUAUUGCUCAAAAUAUGAGUCCAAAUUUUACUGGCAAAAAAUCAAAUGAAAUUAUCCAGGGAAGUUUGAGCAGCAUUAAACAUGCCGCCACUUCCAUUACUCGAAAAUUUGAUGAAAUUAAAGGUGCCAUAUCGGCCAAUACCACACCGGUCAAGUCCAGCGGCUCAGCACAAAACUACAUAGACAGUGGAGUCAGUGAAGAGGAUAUGAUUGCCCACGAAGAUGGUACUUUGAAAAUACGUAGAGUUUCAAGUGAUUUAGAACAUCCAUGGAGCCGUUUAAGUGAAUCGCGUAAAUCCAGCUACAAUAAUUUGGUACCUCUGGGGGAGAACACUUCGACAAUGAAUUUAAAUACAGCUCUGCUUUCAUUGCCCGAAAAUCUUUAUACACCUCCGGAAGAUGGUCUGGAAGAUUCUAGGGAUUGCGAUGUGUUGAUACAAAUGACAUCAUGUUCCCAAUGCCACAACUGCUCAGUUCUGCUGUACGACGAAGAGAUUAUGUCUGGCUGGUCGGCCGAAGAUUCAAAUUUGAAUACAACUUGCCAUGCGUGUAACAAACCAACCGUCCCCAAUUUAAGUGUGCGCAUCAUUGUCCAAGAUGCCAGCAAAACUGACGAAAAAGUUAUCGAAACAAAUGUGCCCUAUUUAAACCCCCUGGUCUUGCGCAAGUAUUUGGAAAAUAUUUUGACCCAAGAAGGAGACCUUGCAUUGCUUAAAGCCAAUUUCGUGGAAGAACAUAAAAUUGUCUAUUGGAAUUUAUUGUGGAUUAUGGAACGUAUCGAAAGUAAAACCCAUUUACCCGAUUUAUGUUGUCCACCCUCGGAUGAUGGCAAUAUUGACCCGCUUAGCAAAGUGAAACAUGUUAAAAUUCAAUGCCUGUGGGAUAACUUACAGUUGCACAGUGAGGCAGGUUUGCCUAUGUAUAUUUUGCAUAGGCAAACGCCAACCACAAGUCCAUUGAUAAAAGCUUUGCUCACCGAUCAGGCUCAGCUGAAUAAGAAUGUUAUCCAGCAAAUUGUCACAGCCAUACGUUGCAAUGAUCUGUUGAUGCCCGUCAAAAAAUUGGCAAACGAACGCCACAAACUAAAGCACAGUGGUGUGGAUCGUUCACAUUCAAUAUAUCGGGAUAUAUUGUUUUUGGCUCUCACCGCCAUUGGACGCUCCAAUGUGGACUUGGUCACAUUUCAUCGUGAAUAUGCUGCGGUCUUCGAUAAACUCACAGAGAAAGAAUGUAAUAUGUAUUAUCGGAAUCAGGACUUACCGCCAUCCGCGGCGACAAUUUUCUGUCGAGCUUAUUUCAAGCCUUUGAGUAUUCCUUGACGAGAAGACAACAAGCAACACUUUUUCAAAGAGGACAUACGAUUUUAUCGGAAGACGUCGUAAUGAAAAUCGAAAAAUUAUAAACUUACAACUACUACCAAUAACAAUAAUAACAAUAAUGUGGCAAUCAUCAAUAUGGACACUCUAAAAAAACAGACAAACAGAUAAAAAUAAUGAAGCAGUACUAAAAUAUAGUUUAGUCUUUAAUUAAUGAAUAUUAUAUAUAUACAUAUAUGUAUACACACAUACACAUUUUAGGUAUAGGUUUUUUUGUUGUUUAUUUUUUAUGUGAAAAUAAUAGUGGAUAGUAGUAGUAAAGAAGGCAAAAAGACAAAAGAUAAAGCGCGACAUUCAUUAUUUGUUGUUGAUAUGUAGAAUACUAUUUGUACAGUCUUUUACAAAUUCAAAAAAAAAUUACAUACACCAACACAGACACAUACACACAGACACAAGAACGAGAACAACAUGAUGAUGAUAAUAAUAAUUAACAUUAUAUAAUUACCUAUGUAUUUUUUAAAAAUAACUACUUUUAUUAUCAUAUGCCUUAUUAAUGUUAAUUCAAAGACAUUGUCGAUAAUAUGACAACUUAUUUUAGAGUUUUGUAAUAGAUGCAAGAAAAUGAAAAAAAAACAUGUUUCAUGUACAUAACCAUUACAUAUUUACCACUAGCACCCAUACAAAUACACCCACACAAACACACACAUCAACUAAAAACUAUUUACUUUAUAUUUUAUUUCCCUUCAAAGACGAUUUAUUUUUCUAAAACAAAAAGCAAAGGUAGAUUCUACAUUUUUAGUAAAGAACAAAAAUGUUGAUGAUGAUGACAACCCAUAUUCUCGUAUUAAGAAAAAUUGAAAUAAAUAUAGCAGACAGAGGUAUAUGUA